AUGGAUAGUAGCGUGCAGCGUUUGCUGCAGGACAAGUUCUAUGAGAAGCGUAAAGCAGGAGCACUGGAACUCGAAUCAGCCAUUCGUAACGCCUCUGCUGAGAACAACCAGGAGCGAAUAUCGAAGAUUGUGUGGCAGCUUUGCCACGACUAUGCAUAUGCGGUCCAUGCACCACAUGCUCGUAACGGAGGCCUCAUCGGAUUGGCGGCCGCUGCAAUAGCUUUGGGAGCAGAUGUGGCUCGACACUUGAAAGAGAUCAUUCCACCCGUUCUGGCAUGUUUCUCAGAUCAAGAUGCGCGAGUGCGGUAUUACGCCUGCGAAAGCAUGUACAACAUCGCCAAAGUGGCCAAAGGAGAGAUUCUGGUUUACUUCAAUGAUGUGUUCGAUGCGCUGUCGAAACUGGCCGCCGAUACAGAGCUCUCGGUGAAGAAUGGCGCAGAGCUGCUGGAUCGACUGGUCAAAGACAUCGUCUCCGAGUCAGCUGCGACCUACGCCUCGAUCGUCUUGCCAGAAGCUCAAGAACAAUCGCCAGACAACAGUGUCGAGCUCCCGCACGCCUUCAGCCUACCUCGUUUUAUCCCACUGCUGCAGGAAAGAAUCAACGUGCAGAAUCCAUUCGCCCGAACGUUCCUUGUGUCAUGGAUCACACUCCUGGAUCAGAUUCCUGACCUUGAAUUGGUUGCCUAUUUGCCUAGUUUUCUUGGUGGCUUGUUGCGAUUCCUCAGCGAUUCGAACGAGGACGUUCAUACGAGUACCAAGGUCGCGUUGGACAGAUUCUUGAUUGACAUCAAGAAAAUUGCGGCAGUCAAGAAGAGCAUCGCAGAGAACAAGAAAGAGAGGAUUGAGACGGGACGGAAGUUGAGCGACGAAUUGAGCCAGACAGCUGACAGUGGUGCUGAUACCGUCGAGUUGGACGCGGAGCAAAGUCGUGAAAGUCGCGAGAAUGGCGAGGUACGACCGCUGGAAGGCGAGAACGCUGCAGAUGACGAUCAUGCAGACGGAGCCUCAUCAUUCACUGCCGCGGACGAAUUUGAGCAAGAACACAGAGGAGUGCUCGAGGAUGAGUGGGUUCCAGGCCAGGAUGCAAACAUUGACUAUCAGCGAAUUCUGGAAAUUCUCGUCACGUUCCUCGCCGAGUCUCGCCAAGAAGAAAUCCAAGUAACCACUCUCAAGUGGAUCGAGACAUUCAUGGAAAUCUGCCCAGAAGAUAUCCUUUGCUUCACUCCAAAAUUACUGCAGCAGCUCCUGCCAGCAUUGUCGCACGAAAGGGAGCAUGUGAGCCAAGCUGCACACAGGGUAAAUCAACUGCUCAUAAGCUACAUAAUGGCUUUGCCUGAUGAUCCUGCCAAAUCGAACGGUGGCACGACUGACGAGAGAUCACGCACACCACAGGUUGCUACCCCUGAGCCCCCGGUCGAUGAGAGCGAGGCAGCCGAGAAGGCUCACACGGAUCUGGACUACGAAGCGGCUGUAAGCGCACUCACACUUCAAUUCCUGCACGAGCACGAGGCGACGAGAGUAGCAGCGUUGGCGUGGCUCAUCAUGUUGCAUCGCAAGUCACCACGCAAGAUCCUUGCGAUCCAAGAUGCCACUUUCCCAGCUCUUCUGAAGACACUUAGCGAUCCGGCGGAGGCCGUCGUCACGCGCGACUUGCUCUUGCUUUCGCAGAUCAGCAAGAGUAGCGACGACAGCUACUUCAGCUCAUUCAUGGUCAACCUGCUCAAGCUGUUCUGCACGGAUCGGCGACUUCUCGAGCAGCGAGGGAACUUGAUCAUCCGGCAGCUUUGUUUGUCCUUGUCAGCAGAACGCAUCUACCGAACCAUGGCAGAUUGUUUGGAACGAGACGAAGAUGAUAUCGAAUUCGCGUCCAUCAUGGUACAGAACCUCAACAACAACUUAAUUACAGCCCCAGAGUUGGCAGACUUGCGGAAGAGACUUCGAAACCUCGACACCAAAGACGGGCAGACCUUUUUCACAGUGCUGUUCAAGGCUUGGUGUGUCAACGCCGUCGCCACCUUCUCCCUCUGCCUUCUGGCACAAGCAUACGAACAGGCAUACAAUCUGCUCCAAAUAUUCUGCGACAUCGAGAUGACUGUCAAUAUGCUCAUCCAAAUCGAUAAACUGGUUCAACUUCUGGAGUCGCCCGUUUUUACGUACCUUCGGAUGCAGCUCCUCGAACCGGAACGGCAUCCCAAUCUCUACAAAUGCAUGUACGGACUGCUCAUGCUGCUCCCACAAUCGAGUGCCUUUGCAGCUCUCAAGAAUCGACUCAACAGCGUGUCUGCGAUAGGCUACCUCCAUAUCGGUAAUCGCGGCCAGCAAUCCAACACACCAAGCUCGGUCAGCACGUUCGAGCGCCAAAAUCGUCUCAAGAAUAGAGAUGAGGGUGGAAUCAAAUGGACAGAACUCCUGGAGAAGUUUCGUCAGACUCAAGAGAAAUUGCGUCGGACUCAACAGCGUCAACUUAUGAAGUCGCAUGGUUUGGAGGAACAAAGUUCGCCGCAAAGUACCACCAAGUCUGCCGGGCACGCGGUUCAGGACAGACCGCGUCCUGGCUCGGCACAAGAGAUUCUGGCCAGAGGUGGUUCUGCGCAAGGACAUGCGAAGGGAAAGGGUAGCUUGAGUAAUCUUGGACGGUUCACGAGUGGGGUGAGGACUGCGAAGACGAAGAAGUAA